AUGCGACCUAUUUUCCUGCUGUUAGCAAUACUUCCCUAUAUUCAAUCUACUCGAAAUAUUACCUGUACUAAUGACUUCACUCUAGUCGGGAGUAAAUGUUUGAAACUAUUCACUGCCCCGACAUCCCGUCACAAUGCAUCGAGGAAGUGUGAAGAGUACGCAGGAAACUUGGUAACGAUUCAGAAUCUGGAGGAAAAUGAAGUCCUCGCAUCAUUUGUUGCGGACGGCGUGGGGAGUGUCUGGCUGGGACUUUAUUGUUUUGAAGGCGGGACGAGAAACUGUCUUUGGGAUGAUGCGUCAGGAUCAAUCGACGGUUUUUCCAGUUUUGUCUACAAUUCCAAUGCCUACAAUAUCUAUAAAUGUGCCACCUACAAAGUUACUGGUUCGUGGAGAGGAAGAUGGUUCUGCGGGGACUGCAGUUAUGAUUUAAGACCGUUUGUUUGUCAGAUACCGACGACUUAUGAAGAUGACUGUGCUCUAAACUACAACGGAAGCUGUUACCUUCCAUCGGAAAAUUUCACAUCCCCCCAAACCAUUGGAAUCGAUUCUGCUAGACAAUGGUGUCUGACCAACUGUGCAGAUCUGGUGUCGAUCCACUCUGCCAACGAACUUCGUCUUAUUCAAAACUACUACAAGUCGAAAGAUCACGAGUCUAUUCUGGUUGGAGCUAUCACAAACUCUGGAAAAUCUUUUCUCUGGACCGAUGGCUCCGCAUGGGAUAUGGGACAUUUUGUUGGCUCGGAACAAUCGUCUGGAACAUGUGUAAAACUUGCUCUAAAAACCAGUGGAAGUCGAGUAAAAGGUUCAUUGUAUGUCACCAAAUGUGAAGAGAGUAACUACUACAUGUGCAAGCGUCCCGCUGGUAUAUCAUGCGUUGAAGAGCCAGCGGCAAUCGUUGAAACAUUUCCGGAAACCUCGCACUGCAAUAGAUCCCUUAUGAACUCUGGUUCGUUCUCAUCACCAAACUACCCGGAAACCUAUUCUGAUGGAGAGAGUUGCACCUAUAGUCUGGGUACUCUUGGGUCAGAUCGGAUUGGAGUCACGUUAUACAAUAUCAUCGUGAAGGAUCAGGAAGAUUGCAUUCGAAUUUAUGAUGGGGAUUCGGUGGAAAGCCCGCUAACAAUGACACUCACUGGAAGACAUUUAGAGCCCGUUUAUUAUGAAUCGUCAACCAAUAGGGUUUUUGUUACGUUUAAUAUUGCAGAUAAUAACGAUACUGAGGUUGUUAGAACAGGCUUCAAAGCCGAUUUUGUCACUAUUGUUUGA